AUGCCCAAAGGAUUCGAGGUUUAUCCACUGACGGCGCCGCAGAAGGAAGUGGUCGUCAAUGAGGCUCUAAUUCGUAGCGCCAUAGCAUUCAAACCGUCGUUAACCACCGAGGAGGAUCGGGUUCGCGUCGUUGGUAAUCAGGAAAAGGCACUUUGCGAGAAGAAGGUGCGGAGGGAGGCGGCUGGCAUCGCGUUAGAGGACGUGCAGACACUUCUUCUUUCGUUUCGCGGCAUCAAGCGUAUCGAAAACCUGAGCUCCCUGCGCUCUUUGACAAAGCUGCACCUGGAUAACAACCGAAUCUGCCGUAUUGAGAACCUCGAAAGCCUCGUGCAUCUUGAGUGGCUGGAUUUGAGCUACAACGCCAUCGAAGUGAUCGAAGGGCUGCAGUCGCUACAGCAUCUCAACUGCCUCUCCCUCUACGCGAAUAAAAUUACUGCCUUAGACGGACUGUCAUGUUUAUCAGAGCUGAACACACUUAGUUUAGGCCGCAAUGCACUCGAGAACAUGGAUGAGACCUUACAUUAUUUGCACCACCUGCGGCACCUACAGGUGCUGACGUUGAAGGAGUGUCCGUUAGCUACUUUGCCACACUACCGGUCUCGAGUGCUUGCGUUUGUGCGUGGGCUGAAGUUUUUUGAUGGACACCUUGUGAAGAAGGAUGAGGCUGCAAAGGCACGCGAAGCGUUUCGCGAGAAUUUGCUCCCGGUGGACGAGGAGGACGAAGCUCGUGCCGCAGCAGAGAAGGCACGGGCAGACCAAGAGAUUAUCGCGUCGUCAUACCAGCAGUACAACUGCCCGAACGAGGUGACGCUAUUUGAUGAGCUACUCCGUCUCCAUCCUGAAGGUCGGAACAUGGAGGCCAUUCUCCGAAGCGAGGUGCUGUACUCAGUUGCAAAGGAGCCGCUGGAGCGGUAUCAAGCGGAGUUCAACGAGCAACUGAAGCAGCUCACCGCCGCCAUGAAGGGCAUCCGUGAGCGCCGCGACGCUGAUGACGCGGCCUAUCGCCGGGCUGUCGCCUACACACUACACGACUGCGGCGCUUUGUCGCAGGCCUCCAUUCAGCGGCUCGAGGCAGUUGCGAAGGGACACAUUCUCAAAGGCGCUGCCCAACCACCACUGGGAUCGACGAAGCGGCUUCCCUCUCAAGUGGCCAGGUCGCUACACGCGGCUCUGGAGAAGCUGAAGGAAGAUCUUUUAGAGCAAGAGGCGCAUCAGUACGACGUGCUCGAGGUGCUGCACAGCAACACUAUCGCAAAGUGGAAGGCGGAUGGGGUGGAGGUGGUGCUUCAGAGUUCUUUCGAAGCACUGCUUCGCCUUGAGACGGACUUUCAGGUGACAGUGCGGCACAUCUUUGAUACUGUCUUUGAGCAGCGGCGCAAAGGUGACAGUGCAGAGCCGACGUUACACUACGCAGGCCAGGGCGAUGCCAUGCUUGCCUUUCUCGAGAACAAGGAAGAGUAUCAGCGCACCGUGAACGAGUGGUGCGAGCUGCGACGCAAACGUAUCGAGGAGCUUGAAAUGUACCACCUCAAGGCAGAGGAGGCCUUGCUAAACACGCGGACAAGUUCUAUUGUGGACACGGAGCAGGACCGCCACCGACGGCGCGUGCAUGAGGUGUGCGUAUACGUAAAAAGAAUGUCGGAUCUGAUUGAUGGGUGUGAUGAUUGA